GGCGCCAACGACAGGAAGUAGCAGCCGCAGCUCACGUGACUGAGUCCAAGCUGAACAUCACAUGAUCUUCAUCGUCUUCAGGCUGGAGAACUACCGUCAACAUGGCGUUCAUCACCGCCAACUGGAACCCGCUGGGAGAAGCUUUCUAUCGUAAGACGGAGCUGUAUGAGAUGUGUUGGAACUUGAGGGAUGGACUGAGAGACUGUCUGGUAGCUGCAGCUCCAUACGGAGGACCAAUAGCUCUCCUCAGAGAACCUGUCCGACGGUCUCCCAGCUCUCGUCCUCAGUUAGAGAUUUAUUCUGCGUCUGGAGUCGCCAUCGCCAGCUUCCCCUGGAAGAGUGGUCCCGUGGUCCAGCUGGGUUGGACGGUCAGCGAUGAGCUGUUGUGUAUUCAGGAAGACGGAUCAGUUCUGAUCUACGAUCUCUUCGGAUCCUUCAAGAGACACUUCAGCAUGGGACAGGAAGUGAUGCAGAGCCAGGUGUUGGAAGCCAAGGUUUUCCACUCUCCUUACGGAACAGGCGUCGCCAUAGUAACGGCCUCCUCACGCUUCACCUUGGCAACCAACAUAGAUGACCUCAAACUCCGGAGGUUACCUGAAGUCCCAGGUCUGCAGGGGAAGCCUACCUGCUGGGUCGUCCUGACUCAGGACCGGCAGACUAAAGUCCUGAUGUCCAACGGACCUGAACUCUACAUCCUGGACACCACGUCCUGCACUGCUGUGGUUCCUCCAGGUCUGGGUCCCCAGGCCGGCAGUAUCGUCCACAUGUCGGUGUCUUUCAGCUAUAAGUACCUGGCUCUCUUCACGGACACGGGACACAUGUGGACAGGCUCCUCCCACCUGCAGGACAAAAUGAGUGAAGUAGACACCAAGAAGACGACGCCUCCCAAACAGAUGGUCUGGUGUCGCAGGCCUAAGAGUCAGCAGCCGUCUGUGGUGUUGAUGUGGGACAGACUGCUCAUGGUGGCCGGAGUCAGUCACGACACCAUCCAGUUCCCUCUGGAGGAUCCCUGCGUUCUGAUUGGAGAGCUGGACGGAGUUCGGAUCAUCAGCUCGGCCAAUCAGGAGCUUCUCCAGGAGGUUCCUUUGGUCUGUCAGGAAAUCUUCAAAAUCGCCUCCAUGGCUCCGGGAGCUCUGCUCCUAGAGGCUCACAGGGAGUACCAGAAGUCCAGUCAGAAGGCUGAUGAGUACCUGAGGGAGAUCAAGGAGCAAAGCAUGCUGGGAGAAGCGGUCAGACAGUGUGUGGAGGCUGCGGGACACGAGUAUGACUCCAAUACCCAGAAAUCCCUGCUCAGGGCUGCGUCCUUCGGGAAGUGUUUCCUGACUGACUUCAGUCCCGAAGCGUUCGUGUCGACCUGCAGAGAACUCAGAGUCCUGAAUGCUGUCAGAGAGAGAGGAGUCGGACUCCCCCUCACACACACCCAAUUCAAACAGAUGACCCUACAGGUUCUCAUCGACAGGUUGGUGUAUCGCCAGUUUUAUCCGUUAGCGAUAGAAGUCUGUCGCUACCUGAAGAUCCCAGACUAUCAGGGAGUCAGCAGAGUCCUCAAACACUGGGCGUCCUGCAAGGUGCAGCAGAAGGACCUAUCAGACGAGGCUAUCGCCCGAGCCGUGUGUGUGAAGGUGGGAGACUCGCCUGGCGUUUCCUACUCUCACAUCGCCGCUAAAGCUUACGAAUGUGGACGCCCCGAGCUCGCCAUCAAGCUGUUGGACUUUGAGGCUCGGUCCGGCGAGCAGGUUCCUCUGCUGCUGAAGAUGAAGAGGAGUCAGCUGGCGCUCAGCAAAGCUGUGGAGAGUGGAGACACGGACCUCGUGUACACCGUGGUGACGUAUCUGAAGAGUGAGAUGAACAGAGGAGAUUUCUUCAUGACUCUGAGGAACCAGCCGGUCGCUCUCAGCCUCUACAGACAGUUCUGUAAGCUGCAGGAACAGGAAACUCUGAAGGAUCUCUAUAACCAAGACGACGACCACCAGGAACUGGCCAAUUACUACGUUACCGCCAGCUACAGGGAGAAGAGGUUAGAGAGCCGUCUGUCUCUCCUCCAAACUGCUGUUGAUGAAUACAACAAGGCCAAGAAUGAGUUCUCUGCAAAGGCAACGGAGGAAGAGAUGCGUCUCCUUCGUUUCCAACGCAAACUGGACGACGAAAAGGGGGCGGGGCUUCUGGGACUGUCUCUGCAGGCGACCAUGGAGGCUCUGCUGGCGUUGGGACUCCACAAACAGGCGGAGCAGCUGUACCGCGACUUCAGAGUCCCUGACAAGAGGUUUUGGUGGCUGAAGCUGAAGUCUCUGGCGGAGAAAGAGGAGUGGGAGGAGUUAGAGAAGUUCUCAAAGAGCAAGAAGUCUCCCAUUGGCUACCUGGCAUUUGUCGAGGUUUGCAUGAAGAGCAACAACAAGCCCGAAGCCAAAAAGUACGUUUCCAAGGUUACGCCGGAGCAGAGGGUCAAAGCCCACCUGGCCGUUGGGGACCUGGAGGGCGCGGCGGACGCCGCCAUCGAGCGUAAGAGCGACUCUGAGCUGGCCGCCGUCCUCGCCCGAUGCCCCGCCUCCGACCGCCAGCUGCUCGACCGCCUCAACCGCGCCGCCGCCGCCGCCGCCAAAAAGUGAUCCCAUCUACAACAACAGCAGAAGGUCCUCUGCCAGAAUGUGAUCCUUAGAUGAUGUAUAUAGUAAUUUUAUUGAGAUAAUAAUUGUUACUCUGAACAUGUUUUCUUCUUCGGUGGUUCCCCCCCCCCCCCCCCUCCCCCCGUGUGUAUCAGAACUGUAAACACUUCCUGUUGUUGCUGCUUCACAAUAAAAGCCUUUCAACAGAGAA